AUCUUUUAACCAUGUUUGUACUUUCAAAAGCUUUAUUCUUUGUCUUUGCUGCCUUUCUUGGUAGCACUGUUUUAGCAGCACCUGGCUCUGGAAAAAAUGCAUGCAAAAACAUGCAUACGGAUUUUACGGAAGGGCUUGGUGAUAACUGGCAUGAAGAAACAGGGUCAUCGGCUGGCUGGAAGAUCACAAAUGAAGGCCUGGUCAUGAGUCUCUCAAAACCUGAUGGUGUGGUGAGAAAAGUGGAUGUGAAGAGUGGCAAUCUUCCCUACAACAACUAUGUGUCGAACACCUCUCCUACCUUUGUAUCUGAGUAUUUAAUACAUUAUGGUAAAGUUACUUUUGAAUUGAAAACUGCUGGUACACCAGGUGCUGUUACUGCAGCCAUCUUAAUGGCGCCUACAGGAGGAGAUGAGAUUGAUUUCGAAAUGUUGGGUGGUGGUACAGACAACAUUCAAAGUAACUUUUUCUAUGGUCCUGUUCCUAUCUAUAACGCAAAUAGUCAAAGCACCACGAUUGGAGAUGCUUCUAGUGCAUUUCACUCGUAUACAAUUGAAUGGUCUCCUCAAAAGAUCCAAUUCUAUAUUGAUGGAACCUUGAUCCGUAGUUCUACAAACCAGUACAGUUGUCAAAGUGGAGGCGAAUGUGAAUUCCCUGUUUAUCCUUCUGCUGUUAAGUUUGGUAUUUGGGAUGCUAGUAAUCCUGCUGGUACAGCGCAAUGGGCAAGAGGGCCUAUCGAUUGGGAUUCGGCUCGCUCUAUCUCUGCCACUGUAAAAUCUGUUACAAUCGAAUGCAAUCCUAACUAUAAUCAAAUUCUCUAAUAAAAAGAAAGAGAGAGAGAGAGAG